AUGUCACCCACAGGUCGGAUUUUGGGGUCUGACAUUAAUGAUUUUCCGCUGCUCUCUUCAAACGAUCCCUUGUCUGCGGUGGCGGCUGCGUUUUCCUUCAAAAAUUCAGAUAUAUAUACAUGCUCUUGGGGGCCUCCAGACGAUGGAAAGUCCUUUGGUGGGCUGUCGCCUGACAUCCUUCGCACAAUCCUUUCUCAGAUCACAUACGGACGGUCUGGAAAAGGCUCCAUUUAUGUGGUGGCCGCUGGGAAUGGCGGAAUGUUUGGAGACCAUUGCGGAGCCGAUGGAUUUGCCAUCAAUCCCUUUUUCGUUUCUGUUGGUGCAAUUACGCACAUGGACCGCCCUCCUGGGUAUGCUGAAAGAUGUCCGGCCAUGAAUGUUGUCACAUAUUCUUCUUCUGACAUGUUUUCUAGUGCUAAAAUCAAGAAAAAAUCUAUCUACUUUUCAGGAAUAACAACCUCGGAUGGCAACCUCGGCUGCACUGGAUCCCACGGCGGCACAAGUGCAGCCGCGCCAAUAGUUGCUGCCUCCAUCGCACUUUUGCUUUCACAGAGACCAAAUUUAGGUUGGCGAGAUGUUCAAGCCCUUCUUAUUGAGUCUUCUACCCCUUUAGGGGAGCACAAAAGCUACAAUGAAUAUACGGCGUUUGGGAAGCUUAACGUAGAAAAGCUAGUGACAAUUGGAGAUUCAUGGAUCCCUCUCAACCCUCCUGUCUUUUCCUCCAUAUCUUCAAGUAACAUAAGUAUUGAGAACCAAUCGGAGGCUUUGCUGGUUUACACGUUUUCUGUAAACCUCAAUUUGAAAAUUGAGAGAGUGCUUGCAAAGAGCAAUGUGGCCUUUCUAGAGAGGGGAUACAUCGAAGUUUCUCUUGUUUCUCCCAAAGGGACAGAAUCCUUUUUGCUUCGAGAGCGUCCACUGGACACAUCACGGCCUCGCACUAGUGGCUUCAAUUCUUUCGAUGCCCCUUUGAAAGGGUGGGUUUUUUCUUCCCUGGCCUUUUUUAAUGAAAAGUCUUUUGGAACAUGGGAACUUCGAAUCCGAAGCUCCAGAUCUUUGGAGGACAGUGUCGAUUUUUUUGCCACUACUGAAGCAUGGUUAGGAUUUAUUUCAGAGUCCACAGAGACAAACCUAUAUGGCCAGGAGAAUCUUAAAUAUGAGAUGGAAAACCUUGGAAACAUCGCCUGCUUUGCGUUUGCAUACAAUUGCGGAUUUCUCACCGCAGGAGUGACCGCAACAGCCGCCUUCAUUAAAUUUAGAAAAGAUUCCAGGGUUUUUAAAUAUGCUUUAGCCGGAUACUUUGUGGGCAAUAUCUUUGCCUGGAAUAUUUGCCGGAUGCGGCAUAAAAUGUCAAUCGAAACCGGGAUAUACACAAUGAAUAACAUCAGAAAUCAGACGAUGGACGAGAAUGGAAAUCCGCGAUUGGGAUUGCCGCCGGGUAUGCCUGCUGAAGUUAGACGUCAGGCAUCCUCGGAUUAA